GCCCGACUACCAUCGCACCGCCCACCCAGGUCCUGGGGCCCCAGCGGGUGCGCUCGCGGGGGAAACUGAGGCAGGGAGCGUGCUUGUGGGUUCAUUCCUGCCUCAGUCCACACCCCAGGGCCCGCAAAUCUGCCUCCCGAUCCUUAGACCCGCAUGGAACAGCAGGGAAGGACGGCAGGAAGGGGAGGGGGCCCAUAGCAAGCGGGGUCUAAAGAGUCGGCCUUUCCUGCCACACUCAACAUGGCGGCGCGGCAGCGGCGAGGUCCCUCAGAGGCGGUACCAGCGCAUGCGCAGCGCGGAGUCCCGGCCCGGGACACAAGAUGGCGGCAGCGGCGUUGGGGAGGGCGAGGCGGAGGCGGCAAAACGGGCGGUCGAGCAGAACGUGUAGCCGCGUCCCCUCGAGUCCGCUGCGGGCAGUUGCUGAUGCAAGGAAUCCCCUGGGCUCCCGUCCACUCCGCUGCUGACCAGCCCACACGCCUGCACUGCACGCUUUCCUGCAGGCCUCCCCACUGCCUCUGUGGGACCAGGGGGUCCAACUGGCCGGAGAAGAAAGCCCUCUCAUGCUAGCGUUGCAGACCCCAGAGGGUGAGAGAAAGAGGGACCUUGUUCAGCCUUGAGACCUGUGGGUCCGCCCCGAGGCACCGGGAAUUCCUCUUCCCCAGAGGACCAAGGCAGCUCCCCUUGGUCCGGUGUGGGUGCUGAGAUGGCCAAUGAGAAUCACGGCAGCCCCCGGGAGGAAGCAUCCUUGUUGAGUCACUCCCCAGGCACCUCCAAUCAGAGCCAGCCCUGUUCUCCAAAGCCCAUCCGCCUGGUGCAGGACCUCCCAGAGGAGCUGGUGCAUGCCGGUUGGGAGAAGUGCUGGAGCAGAAGGGAGAACCGUCCCUACUACUUCAACCGGUUCACCAACCAGUCCCUGUGGGAGAUGCCCGUGCUGGGCCAGCACGAUGUGAUUUCGGACCCUUUGGGGCUGAAUGCGACCCCCCUGCCCCAAGACUCAAGCUUGGUGGAAACCCCCCCGGCUGAGAACAAGCCCCGAAAGCGGCAGCUCUCGGAAGAGCAGCCCAGCGGCAACGGCGUGAAGAAGCCCAAGAUUGAAAUCCCCAUGACACCCACGGGCCCGUCAGUGCCCAGCUCCCCCAGCGUCCCAGGAACCCCAACCCUGAAGAUUUGGGGGACAUCCCCUGAAGACAAACAGCAGGCAGCUCUCCUCCGACCCACUGAGGUGUACUGGGAUCUCGACAUUCAGACCAACGCCGUCAUCAAGCACCGGGGGCCAUCAGAGGUGCUGCCUCCGCAUCCCGAGGUGGAGCUGCUCCGUUCCCAGCUCAUCCUGAAGCUUCGGCAGCACUACCGGGAGCUGUGCCAGCAGCGAGAGGGCAUCGAGCCCCCCCGGGAAUCCUUCAACCGCUGGAUGUUGGAGCGCAAGGUCGUGGACAAAGGCUCUGAUCCCCUGUUGCCGAGCAACUGCGAACCGGUCGUGUCACCUUCCAUGUUUCGCGAAAUCAUGAAUGACAUUCCCAUCAGGUUAUCCCGAAUCAAGUUCCGGGAGGAAGCCAAGCGUCUGCUCUUCAAAUACGCAGAGGCUGCCAGGCGGCUCAUCGAGUCCAGGAGUGCAUCUCCCGACAGCAGGAAGGUGGUCAAGUGGAACGUGGAGGAUACCUUCAGCUGGCUGCGGAAGGACCACUCCGCCUCCAAGGAGGACUAUAUGGAUCGCCUGGAGCAUCUACGGAGGCAGUGUGGCCCCCACGUCUCGGCUGCAGCCAAGGACUCCGUGGAAGGUAUCUGCAGUAAGAUCUACCACAUCUCUCUGGAGUACGUCAAACGGAUCCGAGAGAAGCACCUUGCCAUUCUCAAGGAAAACAACAUCCCAGAGGAGGUGGAGGCCCCCGAGGUGGAGCCCCGCCUGGUGUACUGCUACCCGGUACGGCUGGCCGUGUCUGCACCUCCCAUGCCCAGCGUGGAAAUGCACGUGGAGAAUAACGUGGUCUGCAUCCGGUAUAAGGGCGAGAUGGUCAAGGUCAGCCGCAACUACUUCAGCAAGCUGUGGCUCCUUUACCGCUACAGCUGCAUCGACGAUUCUGCCUUUGAGAGGUUCCUGCCCCGAGUCUGGUGUCUUCUCCGCCGGUACCAGAUGAUGUUCGGCGUGGGCCUCUACGAGGGGACAGGCCUGCAGGGGUCGCUGCCCGUGCACGUCUUCGAGGCCCUCCACCGACUUUUCGGCGUCAGCUUCGAGUGCUUCGCCUCACCCCUCAACUGCUACUUUCGCCAGUACUGCUCCGCCUUCCCCGACACGGACGGCUACUUUGGCUCCCGCGGGCCCUGCCUGGACUUCUCCCCGCUGAGUGGUUCCUUCGAGGCCAACCCUCCGUUUUGCGAGGAGCUCAUGGACGCCAUGGUCUCUCACUUCGAGAAACUGCUCGAGAGCUCGCCAGAGCCCCUGUCCUUCAUCGUGUUCAUCCCCGAGUGGCGGGAACCCCCAACCCCAGCGCUCACCCGCAUGGAGCAGAGCCGCUUCAAGCGCCACCAGCUGGUCCUGCCCGCCUUCGAGCACGAGUACCGCAGCGGCUCCCAACACGUCUGCAAGAAGGAGGAAAUGCACUACAAGGCCGUCCACAGCACGGCCGUGCUCUUCCUACAGAACGACCCUGGAUUUGCCAAGUGGGGGCCAACGCCCGAGCGGCUGCAGGAGUUGAGCGCCGCCUACCGGCAGUCGGGCCGCAGCCAUGGCUCUGUCGGCUCCUCGUCGUCCUCCUCCUCCUCGGAGGCCAAGGACCGGGACUCAGGCCGCGAGCAGGGCCCCAGCCGGGAGCCUCACUCCACUUAACACAUCCUGCGGGGAGGAGGAGCCCCAGGGUGCUGGUCUGGACUGCUGGCGCUCAGGCCUCUUGGGGCUGAGUGGAUCCCAGGACCCUCCUUCUGGGGUGGCAGCAGGACCCAGACUGCCAAUGACAUAGGAAGAUUACAGCUCUGCCAGGGCUUCCCCUCCCUGCCCGCAUCCCCCCAACCUCCCACCUCAAGCUCACUCCAAGUCCCCUGUAAAUAGGCCCCAUGCCUUCCCUUCCUUCCCCCGCCCCCAUCGUUGUUGCCACCUUGUUUCAUUUGUAAAAGGAAAUACAGAACCACCUCCCCCCUCAAGAA